UGUUCUGCAUUCUCUGUUUACCAGACGAAAAAGACUCGUCGCGACGUAACAGAACAUUUUUCGUGUGUAACGAAUAUAACUUCUAAUAACAAACAUACCAUUACCUGCACUAAUUUGUACAACAGCAAUGGAUACGAUUUUUGAAACGGUGCAGCAUUUAUCUAAUACUUAUUCUCUGCUAGCUGUCUUCGUCGUUACGUCGCUGAUUGCAAUGCAUCUUUACAUCGAGAAUUCUCGACAAGUUCGUAUUGCAAACAAGUUACCAGGUCCGGUAAGUCUACCUUUAAUAGGUAACGCAUAUUUGGGUAUAGGACAAGAUCCUCAUUUUAUGUACGAUCUUGCUAUGAAAUUUCACAAACAAUACGGAUCGGUAACAAGAGCGUAUGGUGGAACGAAAGUGCUGAUAUUUUUAACACACCCGCAAGAUAUCGAAUUGAUUUUGGGCAGUUCCGUGCAUCUCGACAAAUCAGUAGAAUAUCGAUUUUUUCAACCAUGGCUUGGCGACGGUUUGCUGAUUACAAGUGGAAAAAAGUGGUACAGGCACAGAAAAGUGAUAGCACCUACGUUUCACAUAAGUGUCCUGAAGUCUUUCGUACCUCUGUUUUACGAAAACAGCAUAGAACUCGUAAGACGGCUUCGCGAUAAAAUUGGAAAAGACUUUGAUUGUCAUGAUUAUUUGUCGGCAGUAACAGUUGAUAUUUUAACCGAAACAGUAAUGGGAGUUAAACGAGAGAAACGGCCAAAAUCCGGAUAUGAUUAUGCCAUGGCUGUAAUGAAAUUGUCCGAUAUUAUACAUCGAAGACAUUAUGACAUGUGGUGUUUGGUGGCAUUCAAGUUAACCAAGUAUUACCGUCUUCAAAAGAAACUCCUUAAAAUUGUUCACGCGGUAACAAAUACCGUGAUCAAAGUGAAAUCGGAAGAUGUCGAAAAGAAACUUGAGACUGGACAGAAGGAAAACCAGCAAAACGAAAAGCCGACGAAAAAUGUGAAAAGCGAUACCUCCAAUUACACAAAGUUGCACUACGUUAAAGACGAUCUUGAUGACAUCGACGAAAACGAUGUGGGCGACAAAAAGCGACUUGCCUUUCUGGAAACGUUAAUUACCAUGAAACAGCAAGGUGGACAGAUGACUGACGAAGAAAUCUGGGAAGAAGUGAACACCAUCAUGUUUGAGGGACACGACACCACAGCGGCUGGUUCUAGUUUCGUACUGUGCGUGUUGGGAUGUUUGCCUGAUAUACAGGCUCGCGUGCACCAAGAACUGGACGCGAUUUUUGGCGACAGCGACAGACAGUGCACCUUCUCGGACACGAUGGAAAUGAAAUAUCUCGAAAGAGUAAUUCUGGAGACUUUGAGACUUUUCCCGCCGGUACCUAUAAUUGCCAGGCGUCUUAACGAAGAUGUUAAGUUAGUUACGAACAAUUACGUGAUUCCGAAGGACGUCACGAUAGUGAUUGCGCAAGUGGCGACGCAUCGUUUGGAGGAGUUCUACCCGAAUCCCGAGAACUUCAAUCCGGAUAACUUCUUACCGGAAAGGAUGCAGAAAAGACCGUAUUACUCUUAUAUUCCUUUCAGCGCCGGACCAAGGUCGUGCGUGGGACGUAAAUACGCCAUGCUGAAGCUAAAGGUUCUACUGUCGACAAUAUUGAGAAAUUAUCGCAUCAUUUCCGACGAACAUUACAAAGAUUUCAAGCUGCGAGCUGACAUUAUCCUGAAAAAGGACAACGGAUUUAUGAUCAGAAUCGAGCCGCGCAAGUCGGCAGCGUCUCCCGAAUCAAACUCGACUCCGAUUUCUGUAAAAGCGUAAAUUGUCGAUCAAUCGCGAUUGAUCACUAAUCUGUAUUUAGGCUUAAGAAAAGUUCACUGGUGUUAUUGUAUCAAAGGUUUCGUCAGGUAGCGGUUGUCACAUUGAUUUUAUUAAGACAUAUGUUUAUCCAGUUUAUUUCCUUUCAACUUUCUCUCGAAAGAUUCGCUUCUUUAUUUUUUUUCACAAGAAUGUACUUGUAAGACAUCUUGUGAUAUUUAUUUUUAUAUUUACAUCUAUUUAAUCUAGUUGAUUAUUGUUCUAUUAAAUUUAUUUAUAAAUAUCGUGUCACCAAAUAAAAUACUACGAAAUAAAGAGUAUGACAUAUUCGCAUCUUACGUUGUUUUAAUAACACGGAGUGUGUAAUGUUUUUUUUAAACUAAUGUAAGUACAAUAACGAUUUGAGCGGUUUAAUGUUCAAUUCUCAUUUAUAGAU